AUGGCCCACGCUGGCCUGCUGGGAGGCAACUACCUCCGCUUCAACGAUGAGAUACACAUUAACAUCUCUGAACUGUAUCGCGCGGCUGCGCAGGCGAAUCUGUGGCUGGGUGAGGAGUAUCGUCAAGGUGCGGCGGGUCCGGCGGUUGUGGAGAGGGCGAGGUUGGGCGUGCAGGUUGUUGCGAUGGGGAAUCUUCUCAGGGGUUUCGCGAGGGCGAGUGGGAGGGGGUAUACGGAGGAAGAGGUGAGGAUGUGGAAGGUUAUUGUGAAGGGCUUAUUUGAGGUGAUUAAGAGGUGGGACGGGAGGACGAUGGAUGCGAUGGUCUUUCCUGCUUUGAUGAGGGAGGAGAUGAGAGAUUUGGGAAGAAGAGGGUUGAUAGGUGAGUCGUUCUUUGAAGGCGAUGUGCAGCCGAACAGUCUGCGGGCGGACUUGGACAUGCUGCUGCAGUAUCUUGCUGUCAAGACGGUAGAGGCAUACACUGCGAGAGAAGCCCUGAGGACGACUACUCGACCAGAGCCAUCAGUCUUGCACACGGUGAGUUCAUGGAUCAAGAAUUUGAGACGCUGA